UCAUUUCAUUUUUCUUAUCAUGUUCCAAAGUGCGACUGAGCCCUCAUUAAACUUUAGUCAAGCACUUGAACAGCACACGGAUCAACUUUCGGAUGUAGUGUACUAAUCUGAAGAAAAAUGGGAUUAAUCACACUUGUGGUAUUUGUUGGAGUCAUCCUGCCCUUUUUAAAUGCCCUCCCAGGUAUGCCAGAUAGACAUUCUCUCUAUUAUGUGUAUACUGCGCUAUCAAAGCCCGUAUCUGCUCCUGGCAUCUUUGAAUUCACCGGCAUGGGUGUCCUGGAUAAUCGAAAGAUUGACUACUACAACAGUGUCGAUAAGAUGAAGAUCCCUCAACAGAACUGGAUGAAAGAGAAGCUUCCCGCAGACUACUGGGAGAAGGGAACCCAGUCACGCAGGAGCAAAGAGCAGUGGUUCAAAGUCAAUGUGAACAUCCUAAUGGAACGCAUGAGGCAAAAUAACUCUGAUGUUCACGUCCUGAACUGGCGACACGGUUGUGUGGUUGACAAAUUCCCAGAUGGUCGUGUCCAAUUCAUCAAGGGGGCUGAUGAGUACAGCUAUGAUGGACGGGAUUUCCUGUCCUUUGAUGAUGCCUCCAUGCAGUGGAUAGCCCCAGUUCAUGAAGCUGUACAAACGAAGCAGAAGUGGGAUGGGGUUCCCAUCCUUAACCAGUACACCAAGGGCUACCUGGAGAAAGAGUGCGUGGACUGGCUGGACAAAUUCAUCACCUAUGCUGAUGCAGCACUCAUAGGAUCUUCUCCACCCCACAUUUAUCUCUUUGCUCGGACAAGCAAGGAGUUUGCGGACAUGCUGACUAUGACCUGCCUGGCAACAGGGUUUCUUCCAAAAGACAUUGAAAUGUUUAUUGAGAAGAGAUCCGUUAAGGUUAAAUCAAUCUUUCCUGAAGAGGUCUAUCCAAAUGGCGAUGGAACCCACCAGGCCAGAUUGGUUGUGCAUGUACCUAAAUCAGAGGCAAAUGAUUAUCAGUGUUCUGUGAACCACAGGACCCUCCAGGCACCAGUGGUCAGUACCUGGGAAACAGGUGGACAUCUGACUGACGAACCUUCCUCCAUUGGUGUGAUUAUGGGGGGAGCUGCUGGAGGUGUAGUUGUUCUUAUUGUGGUCAUAGUUGCGGUUGUCAUAAUGAAGAAAAAAGGAACUGAGAAGACUAUUGAGAAGACUGCAGCACCAGCUGAGAAGCAUCUUCUGGGAGGGAAGAAGACGGGAGAUUCUAGUUCAGAGGGAAGCCAUGACUCUGGUUUGAACACAGGACCAGGAUCCUAUGCCAGCUCAGAUAAGGACAGCAAAGGCAGUACUGAUCCCAUUGUGUCAGUGAAAAGUGUGCCGUGAAUAUGUACUGGAUGGUAAUGGUUGAGUGAAGAAAAAUCAGUUCCUCCAUUGCUGAGUAACCUGUUAACCAAAAGACACCAGUUGAGCUCAGAAAUUAUCCACUUUUAUUACAUGCAAUUCUAAUGAACUCUUGUGGUCAUUUUUCAUGGGCAAGACUACUGACCUUAUAUUCUUACAAAAGGGUAUUUACAUUUACGGAAGACAUUUUUGCAUUUUCAAACACAGUGUUCAAGUGCACUCCCACAGAUCCUCAUUGCCAUCACUGGAAAGCGGUGGUUUCCCAUACACACACUCCAUAGCUUUCCCCUCCAUAACUCCUCGCAAAGAGAUCGACAUGAGCUUUCCCGAAGCGCUGCCACACCCCCUGCACCACCUGUGGGUGAAGACGCCACUCCCAAUGUGAUAGGGUAGCCUGGACCUACCAUACAUAUUUCAUAAUUUCACAAUUUCUAAAUUCCAACAUUAAUUUGAUCUUAACAUUAAGAUUGCAUCUGCUAAAUUAAUGUAAAUGUAAGAUUACGCUGUUUAGCGCCACCAAGUCUGUUAUGUGAUCAUGUAUGGUUUUAUGAUUUGAUGUUGUUAUUUUAAUUAAUUAGAAAGUGCUUAUUUUCUGUUUGAAUAUUCUCCUUCUAAUGUGCCUUUACACUUUAUACAUUUUUAUUGAGCGUUUUGUGUUGCAAUCUGUCCAUUAAAAUGCCAGUAGCAGCAAUAAAAUACUUUGUUUUUAUUAUAUAAAGUGCUGCUUUCCCAUACAUGGAUUAAGCCUAGUCCUUGACUAAAAGCUUGACUAAAGCUGAAGUGAUGAGUUUUUAAAAUAAAUCUUAAAAAAUA